UAGGACAGCUACUGCUGAAGGAAAGGACGGGGAUUGGCUUGCAGCCACGCCUGUCGUGCGGUGGUUGUCGCCGAAGGUUUCCAGCGCUGGCUGGUGUCAAUUCUUACUUCAGUCUGGGUCACGCGCCCUUUGCUUUUGGUUCGUGUGUUUCUUCCCUUUUUCUCGCUCGCCUCGCUGCGGCUCCUAAUCUGGUGUGAGCAGGACUAUGGCGGAUGACAACAGGGGCCCAUUAAUAAGUGAAAUCAGACAGCGUUUUGAGACCGAAUAUUUAUCAGCAAAAAGAAAUAAAUAUGAUUCCAGGGAUAUAGAAAGAUUGUAUCAAGAUGAUACCUGGGUUGAUAAUUUCUUAAUAUGGCGAGAUGAUAUUGUGGAUGAUACACUGAAGAUGAUUGAUGAAAGCUUUCAGUGGAGAAAAGAGUAUGCAGUUCAUGAUUUGACUGAAUCUUCUUUUCCAAAAUUGAUGCUUGAUGUUGGUGCUAUUUAUCUACAUGGUUACGAUAAGGAGGGCUAUAAAAUAUUUUGGUUCCGGGUGAAAUUACAUACAAAAGAUUCUAAAACACAAUUUGAAAAAAAGAAACUAGUAGCCUUUUGGUUAGAGCGCUAUGCAAAAAAAGAAAAUGGAAAGCCAUUGACAGUGGUGUUCGACAUGGCUGACACUGGACUGAGUAAUAUCGACUUUGACUUUGUCCGGUAUAUCAUUAGCUGUUUUAAAGUAUAUUAUCCUAAUUUUCUCACAAAAAUUGUGAUUUUUGAAUUGCCUUGGGUAAUGAAUGCUGCUUUUAAAAUUGUGAAAAAUUGGUUGGGUCCAGAAGCAGCCACCUUGUUGAAAUUGACCAAUAAGAAUGAAAUCCAGGAGUAUAUAACUGUUGAAUACCUACCACCCCAUAUGGGUGGGACUGAUGCUUUCAAAUACAGUUAUCCUCCAUUGGUUGAUGAUGAUUUCCAAACUCCAUUAUGUGAAAAUGGACCCAUUACUAGUGAAGAUGAAGCUGAAUGCAAAGAAGUAGACACCGAUAACAAAGACAACGUAGAUACUACUGAAGAACAAGCACUCAAUCCAAAAAAGGCAAAUACUUCAGAACAAACUCCAAAAUCAGAAGAGUGUGACAAAUUAGAUUCUAAAACAAAAAAUGCCAAGAAAGCACUUACCACUUUUAAAGGAUCUUUAUUGCAUAUCAGUCCGGCAGAGGAAUUGCAUUUUGGGUCCAAAGAAACUGCAGAGAAGAAAUGUUUGAUAAUUCUGACAAAUGUUACUAAAAAUGCAGUGGCAUUUAAGGUUGUGUGGCUUGUUUGCAAGACCGUUUUCUAAUUAUGGCAGCAGAAAUGGAACAGUGCUCUGCACUAGGGGCACAGGAACUAUCUCAAUUUUGGAAGGAAAUUCCUAGAAACAAAGUGAUGGAGCAUAGGUUAAGAUGCCAUGUUGUAGAAAGUAGCAAGAAUUCUUCUUUAAUUAUAAAUGAAAAUGCCUUUAACAGUCCUUCAAAAACUAAUGAAGAUUUACACUUUCAGUUAAGGCAACUACUACAAGCUAAUAAAAGACUUCAAGAACAGAUUGACCGUUGUGUCUGGUUCCAACAACUCACACUUUUCCUAGUCUUUAUCUUAGUCAUUAUUGUUUGCUUCUUUCUGUUGUGUGCUCCAGGAAGCUAAAUAUAAUGUCACAUCUAUACAAUUGUGCUGUAAAAAGGCAAAGAACCUUAUCCGCCAAAAGUGAGAUCUAUAUAGGUUUUCUUAAAAAAUAAAAAAGGAAUAAUGUGAUCUUUGCCUUUAAUCAGCACAUAUGAUUUUGUUAAUUUAUUACAAUUAAAUAUACGAGGUAAUAAGAGUGUUUCCACUGGACAUUAUAGUAACUUACAAAGUGAAAAUAAUU